AUGUGGUUAGAUCAUCGUUCUCUGUUCCUCGAGGAAAUGUUGCGCCUUGAGGGCAGAGGGGGGCUCCGCGAAGCGCCUUGUUCUAGUUGUGGCAAUGCUUGCCCUCAGUAUCGAUGCCAAGAUUGCUUCGGAGUAGAUCUCCGCUGUUCGUCUUGCAUCACGGUGGCUCAUCAAUGUCAUCCGUUGCACAGGUUGCAGAAAUGGAACGGCGACUAUUUCGAACGUGUGACCCUCAAGAGCCUCGGCCUCCGUAUUCAAUUGGGUCAUGCGCUCAACGAGAAGUGCCCAAACCCCCGACGAGCUUUCAACGACGACUUCGUUGUCAUCGAUUCCUAUGGCAUCCACGAGGUGUUAGUAGAUUUCUGUGCCUGUGCGAAGGGAGAUUCCCAUAUACAGCAAUUACUCCGUAUGUCGUGGUUUCCUUCAACGACGGCCGACCCCAAAACCGCAGCAACCUUUCGCGUUCUGGAUGAAUUCCACUUGCUGUCUUUCGAGUCGAAGGUGUCCGCUUACGAAUUUUAUAGUGCUCUUAUGCGGGGCACUGAUAACACUGGCUUGAUGCGCGUUAAGGACCGAUAUGAAUCUUUUAUGAGAAUGAUCCGCGAAUGGCGGCAUCUGCUGAUGCUUAAACGUUUUGGGAGAGGGCAUGACCCGAAAGGGGUGAAAGCCACGGGAGAGGGUGAGUGUGCGGUCUUGUGCCCAGCAUGCCUGCACCCGGGUAAAAAUUUGCCCGAGGACUGGGAGAAUGUUCCCCUUGCAAAACGUUGGAUAUACGCGUUAUUCAUCGCUAUCGAUGCAAACUUUUGUCUCAAACGCAAAGUGGUGUCAACUAAUACCGCGGACCCGGGAUUAAGUCGCGGAUGGGCGUACUUUGUAGAGGAGGAUACAUACAAGCAAUUUCUCGAAGAUAAAAUGGACGUCCCCCAAGAGAAAUCUACGUGCUCCAGCCACAACGCGGUAAAUAUGGCUGAUGCGAAGACUAAUAGGGGGCUAGCUGCUACCGGGCUUGGCACGAUCGACUGUGCCCGUCACAACAUGAAGCGUCCGAAUGCCGUUGGAGAUUUGCAAAAGGGAGAGAAAUACGUCAAUAUGGACUACCUCUUUUUUUCAACGCUCCGUCACAGCUCCUUACAAAAUCUCAACAUUUCGUACGACAUUGCCUGUCAAUGGCACAAGAAGCUCUGGCAACGUAUGAAGGGGUUUCCGCUUUCAAUGCACUUCAAUUUCGUAUCGAGGGCCGUCUCCUUCUUCGUCCCGAAAUUCCAUCUCCCUGCCCACAUUGAGAAAUGUCAAACAACAUUCUCAUUCAAUUUCAAGCGUGGCGUUGGUCGAACCAAUGGCGAAGCUCCGGAGCGCGGGUGGGCUAACAUUAAUCCCGUCGCAUCCAGUACGAAGGAGAUGGGGCCCGGCGCAAGGCGUGAUACAUUGGACGAUUUCUUUGGCGAUUCGAACUGGAAGAAAAUUGUGGGCCUUGGUACUACAAUGCUACGUAAAAUGAAGGAGGCCUUACCUGAGCGCGCGAAUCAGCAAGCUGCACUAAACGACUUGGAAGAAGGAUUAAAGGAUGAGUACGGGGAUAUUCUGAAUCAAUGGAGGUUGCAAGUAGAGGCAUGGGAGGAUGACCAGUCUCAGCCAAACCCUUUUGAGCGAAAUGCAGAUGUCGUUACGCUGGCUUCGGUCCGGCUAGCACUCGCAAAGGAAGAAGAAUCAGAUCUUCAGAGUGGAGUGUCCCUCGCAUUGCACGAGGACUGUUCUCCUAGUGUGUUGAUUAGCUCAGGGCUGGAGCUUGAAGAACAACAGCGACGUUUGAGAGUCGACAAGAGCGGGUGUGGUAUACACGUCACUGAUAAUCAACAAGGGAAGUUGCUUGAGCGGAGUAACGCUUUGCAACGACGGAUUGAUGCCUGGUCAAAAAUUCAAGAAUUGUAUAUGCCCAACGUCGUUGCUAUGCGUCUCUUGGACAAAUCAACCUCUGCCAACGCCACGUCCGUCCCUGCUGCAGAAACAUUCAAUCUGCGGUUGCCAUCACAGAUCGGCAGGCUGGCGCCUUGUGAUGAACGACUCCAGAGGACAGAAUGGAGAUUGAGAUACGCACAAGGCCAUGAUGCCCUCCGCUCCUUACGCUCCAACCUUCGUGCACAGACUGCCGUACUCAGGUACAAGGACCGCAACCUUCGAGGGCAAGGAGCCAAUACUCGAGCACGUAGCACGCUUAAGACGAUCGACGCGAGAAUCGAUGCUGCCGCCAGCAAAUACGAAGGCGCACACAAGGCCCUGGUGAUCCUGGGCGGACUCCUGAACGAGUCUGGCUGGCAGUCAUCACUGCGUCCUUUAAAUCGUCAGGAUAUUCGUUCUAUGUCUGACCUGCUCUGGGGUGAAUCGGAGGGCAGACGAAAAUUGUCGUGGAUAUGGAAUAUGCGUGGCGCUGCGGGAAGUGAGAAGGACGAUAACGGUGCUCUAGAAGAUAUGAGGAUAGAGUGGUGUAAGGCAAGGGCACGCGCAAUGCGCUGGGGGGAAGAAGUACAACUCCUGCAGGAAGAAAUGUGGCGUAUAUUAGCUUUUCUAAGGUGGGAAGCAGCACGCUGGGAUGGAAGGCAAGACGACGCUACACUAACCAAUGCAGAACAUGAGGAUGGCUGUGUGGCGUAUGCGAAAUGGCAGGCUGACUUGCGCCGACAUCUAGCGUCAUCGUUUGAGGCACGCUGGGCGGAGACACUGGCCUUGGUAGACAUAGAUUGA